CUUAUCAUUGGAUAUGAGGCUGGAAUCGUGGUCUUGUGGGACCUGAAAUCUAAGAAAGCAGACUACCGCUACACUUACGACGAGGUAGGCACCAUCUCCCACAAUGCCUUUCAGCAUCUCUCUUCCUGUGAUCUGGAAAAUGCGUGAAAAUACAAAAAGAGGAAUCAAAUAUUCAUGAACUGCAUUGGUAUAAAUAGAAUAUUGUGUGUGUACUGUGUGUGUGUACUGUGUGUGUGUACUGUGUGUGCACUGUGUGUGCACUGUGUGUGCACUGUGUGUGUGUUUUCCAUAUGCAGUGUUUGCCUUUGAGAGAUGACGUCAAAGGGGUUUAGAGUCUGUGGAGGACUAGAGAUGUAGACCAGGUCUGUUUGGUCUGUACCUGUACCCAUACUGAGUUACAAUAGUUUUGAACCCAAUCCUACAGUGUGUAGUCUCUCAGAACCAUAGAUGUCCUGCUGUCUCGCCUGUGGACCUCAAUUUCUAGAGCAUCGGCCAUUUGAGUGUUUAUUUGUUUCUCCAAGGUAACAUCAUUUUCUAACAAAAAAACUAACAAAAAAAACACACACACACAAACAUCACAUAAUGACUUGGUCAUGUGUCAUCCCCAGCCUCAUAAUAAAUCAGUUAAGAACGCGUCAGAAACUGUGGUGCCCAAACUUGCGGUUGAAGUUUAAGCGGAUCAAGUGGCUUUACAAAGACACACACAGAGACAGAGUCAGGCUUACAGUAAUGAGUUUAUGUUAACACCCGUGCUACUGUUAACCGCAUUUACAGUGUGACAACACAAGGACAACAUGGCCCUGUGGUGACUCUCCCUGCUGAAUAGGAUGCUCCCUCUUUCUUGUGCAUUCGCUCUCUCUAUUUCUCUCUGUUGUUCUCUCCUCUCUGCUUCUCUCUCUCUCUCUUUCUCUCCUUCUCGGUUGUUCUGUCUCCUUCUCUCCCUCUCUAUCUUCUCUCUCUCUCUCUCUCUCUCUCUCUCUCUCUCUCUCUCUCUUCUCUCUCUCUCUCUCUCUCUCGCUCUUUCUCUUUGUCUCUUUCUCCUCCUCCCUCACCCCUGGGUGAGAUGAUAUCUCUCUCUCCUCUCCCUGGUCCUAAGACUUAUGUAGUGAAUAUCCUUGGCAGCUGUAUUGUUCUCUCCUCUCCAACCCUGUAGUAACACCUCCCCAGAGACCUACUGCUCUACACCGCUGCUGCUUCAGUACUCUGGGGCUCAUGAACACUGGGGAAAACAUCACAGUAUUCACAUCUCUGCCAUGCUCUGACAUUACAGCUAAUGUGCUGCUGUCAUCACCUGUCACUAAUGACUGAUUCAGGGUCAGAUCUAUGAUCGUCAGUCUAAACCUGAGGGAUUAAGAGCUGAACCAGUUUUGAAGGGCAUAGGUUCUAUAAUAGCCAUGUUUGUUUAGUAUUGUAUCACUGAUUCUGGAUCAGCAAUAGAUGCCCCAGUCUUAACUUUAGCGGUGAAGAACUAAACAUAAAAGCUGGACUCUAACCAGUUUUAAAGGGCGUAGAAUAGCAUUAGAUUCUUUACAAUAGACUAUGGUGAGAUGUAGUUAUGAUAACGCUGGGUUCCUAGAUGGGGCUCUGGCCAACACAUUAAGUAACGGAUUAAAAUGCUAAGUAUAUACUUAUACCAGGAUAGAUGUGCAGGCUUUUCUGAUGACGCGGCAAGUUUCUGAAAGCCGGGCUGGAUGUAUAUACAGGAUCAUGGUACUGUAUCAGUGGUUUUGCUGCGUAGACUGGGCAUGAUGACAAAGGAAGUGUUGGCAUCGUUAUGGCUGGCAGAAGGGCAGGGUCUGGAGUUCCUCAGACUUCAAACUCUUUAAGUUGUGUGAGGAAAUAGUAUUUUGUGAAAAAUGUUGCUAAUUGCAGGAAACUCUGUCACUGUCAGGGGAAUGGCCAGCGGUCACCUGGCGGUUAGAGCGUAGUGUAUAGAGCGAAUGGGAAUAGAGCAUAGGACAUAGGGAAUAGGGCAUAGGACAUAGGGAAUAGGACAUAGGGAAUAGGACAUAGGACAUAGGGAGUAUGGAAUAGGGUAUACGUCAUAGGGAAUAGGGUAUACUGUAGGACAUAGGGAAAAGGGUAUAUGACAUAGAGAAUAGGAUAUAGGACAUAGGGUAUAGGACAUAGGGUAUAGGACAUAGGGAAUAGGACAUAGGGAAUAGGGUACAAGACAUAAAGAAUAGGGUAUCAGGAAUAGAGUAUACUUCAUAGGGAAUAUGGUAUAGGACAUAGGGAAUAGAGUAUAGGACAUAGGGAAUAGGACAUAGAGGUGGAGGACACUGGCUGUAGCCUUGUCCUCAAGUUUCUGUAGUCGUGUUAGGACAUCUUAUACACCCUCACUAAUUACUGAAAACACUGUCUAUUUUUGUCACACCUAACCACAGUGUGUAUGUAUUCCAACCCUCACAAAGAGAGCAUUCCUUCUCCCCUUGCGUCUCUCUCACAGUGUUUUUUCUGUUCAUGGCUCAGUGCUAUCUCUGCGGGUGCAGUUACUGUGAGCACCAAAGAGAAGAUGGAAAAGGAGAGAGCAUCAGUAACCUCAGCCCUGCUUUGUCUGACUAAAUGCCUCAUCCUGCUGCUACUGAUGAAUAGCCUACCUACACUGGAGCCAGUUUCUGAUUUCUAUAUCUCUCUCUCGCUCUCUAUCUUUCUUGCUCCUUCUUUCAUUUUGUCAUUCUCUCCCUUUUAACCCCUUCUCUCUCAGUUCACCACCUCCCUCCCACCCUCCCUCCCUCUCUAGCUGAAUAAAUACAAGUAGGUGUGAUGGGAGAAACACACACACACACACACACACACACACACACACACACACACACACACACACACUUGAAAGGCUGUUAUAGCAGUGGGAUUGGAAUAAUCAUGGCAGCGAUAGAGAUCACUCCAUUUUGUGUAAAUAAGCAAACUCACACACCUCAGUGCCCUGUGUAUGUGCCAGUGGAGGCAUCCUCCUCAGUGAAUUUCAUAAAAAUAAACAUUGUAAAACAUUGAAAAAGUUAUCAUUUUUAGAUAAAACUAUACUGAAUAUAUUCACGUCACCAAAUAAUUGAUUAAAACACAGUGUUUUGCAAUGAAGGUCUACAGUAGCCUCAACAGCACUCUGUAGGGUAGCACCAUGGUGUAGCCGGAGGACAGCUAGCUUCCGUCCUCCUCUUGGUGCAUUGACUUCAAUACAAAACCUAGGAGGCUCUUGGUUCUCACCCCCUUCCAUAGACUUACACAGUAAUUAUGACAACUUCCGGAGGAUGUCCUCCAACCUAUCAGAGCUCUUGCAGCAUGAACUGACAUGUUGUCCACCCAAUCAAAGGAUCAGAUAAUGAAUCUAGUACUGAAAGCAUAAGCUACAGCUAGCUAGCACUGCAGUGCAUAAAAUGUGGUGAGUAGUUGACUCAAAGAGAGAGAAAGACAAUAGUUGAACAGUUUUCAACAAAUUCAUUUCUUCAAAAAUGAAGGAGAAGAGAGAGAGAGAGAGAUUUUGUUAUUUUUUAAACUUUCAGUUUCAUUUACUUAGCUACUAGCAAAUGCAGCUGGCUAGUUUAGUUACUCAAGCACCCGGCUCAAACAUAGGGAUGCUAUGUUAGCUAGCUGGCAAUGACUAUCCAACACAACACUGGAACUCUUCCAAGUCAAGGUAAGCUUUUGGUUUUAUUAAUUUAUUGCCACCGGGGACCGCCGGUGUAACUGCUUACUGACUAUACACUGUAACGUUACUGCAUGAUUGUAGCGGGUUUACUAACUCAUUGGUUCUAUUAGCUAUUUUGACUAGGACGUUACUUUAGCUAAUAUGGGGACGAUGUAGGCUGUGUGUAGCGGUUAUGUCACGAUCGUCGUAUGAAGCAGACCAAGGCGCAGCGUGAUAUGCGUACAUCUUUUAAUGAGUACUUUAUAACCAUAUCAAAACAACAAAACGAUACGUGAAGUCCUAAGGUUAACAAACACAAACCUCUCCGGAACAAGAUCCCACAAAUGACAAGUGCACAACAGGCUGCCUAAGUAUGGUUCCCAAUCAGAGACAACAAGACACAGCUGCCUCCGAUUGGGAACCACCCCGGCCAACACAGAAACACACGAUCUAGAAAAGAACACAUAGAAAACAAAACAUAGACACUACACAUAUAAACUAACACCCUGGCUCAACAUAUAAGAGUCCCCAGAGCCAGGGCUUGACAGGUUAUGACAUGGUUUGGCUUGGAAAGGUUUUUUCCCUUGGUCACAUACAGCUGAUGUGUUGUUCAUUGAAGUCCACAAACGUAGGGAAAAGGUGAGAGGGAAUACAACGUGGCUGCUAUGAAAGUGAACUGUGUUUAUGCGUGACCGGGGUGUAUUCAAUCAGCCGAUUCUGUUGAAAACGUUUCUUAAACGGAAGCAAACGAAACCGGGAUAAAAAUACCUGAAUUUGUCCAAUAGAAACUCUCAUUUGCAACUGUUAGACUAAUGAUUACACCCUAGAUAAGCUAGAUGCAGGCAAGAGUGUGCAAGGCGGUAUUGAAGGUGUCACUGUCUGUCCAUGUGUCACUGUCUGUCAUCUCAAAUUUUUCUCUUGACCUGUGUGCACCUACAUUGGAAACUUUCAUUCAUAGGCUAGGUUGUAGCAACCUCAUGAUGGGUAUAGGGAAAAUUCAAGUAUCAUGUAGUAGCCUAAACCUAUCUAUGUUACAUUGAGCUGGGUGAAUGGAAUAUGAAUCACAGUCUUGACUUUUUCCAUAUAAUGACAAAGCGAAAACAGGCACAUUUAUUAAAAACAAAAAACUGAAAUACCCUAUUUACAUACAGUGAGGGAAAAAAGUAUUUGAUCCCCUGCUGAUUUUGUACGUUUGCCCACUGACAAAGAAAUGAUCAGUCUAUAAUUUUAAUGGUAGGUUUAUUUGAACAGUUAGAGACAGAAUAACAACAAAAAAAUGCAGAAAAACGCAUGUCAAAAAUGUUAUAAAUUGAUUUGCAUUUUAAUGAGGGAAAUAAGUAUUUGACCCCCUCUCAAUCAGAAAGAUUUCUGGCUCCCAGGUGUCUUUUAUACAGGUAACGAGCUGAGAUUAGAAGCACACUCUUAAAGGGAGUGUUCCUAAUCUCAGCUUGUUACCUGUAUAAAAGGCACCUGUCCACAGAAGCAAUCAAUCAAUCAGAUUCCAAACUCUCUACCAUGGCCAAGAUCAAAGAGCUCUCCAAGGAUGUCAGGGACAAGAUUUUAGACCUACACAAGGCUGGAAUGGGCUACAAGACCAUUGCCAAGUAGCUUGGUGAGAAGGUGACAACAGUUGGUGCGAUUAUUCACAAAUGGAAGAAACACAAAAGAACUGUCAAUCUCCCUCGGCCUGGGGCUCCAUGCAAGAUCUCAACUCGUGGAGUUGCAAUGAUCAUGAGAACGGUGAGGAAUCAGCCCAGAACUACACGGGAGGAUCUUGUCAAUGAUCUCAAGGCAGCUGGGACCAUAGUCACCAAGAAAACAAUUGGUAACACACUACGCCAUGAAGGACUGAAAUCCUGCAGCGCCCGCAAGGUCCCCCUGCUCAAGAAAGCACAUAUACAGGCCCGUCUGAAGUUUGCCAAUGAACAUCUGAAUGAUUCAGAGGAGAACUGGGUGAAAGUGUUGUGGUUAGAUGAGACCAAAAUUGAGCUUUUGGCAUCAACUCAACUCGCCGUGUUUGGAGGAGGAGGAAUGCUGCCUAUGACCCCAAGAACACCAUCCCCACCGUCAAACAUGGAGGUGGAAACAUUAUGCUUUGGGGGUGUUUUUCUGCUAAGGGGACAGGGCAACUUCACUGCAUCAAAGGGAUGUUGGAUGGGGCCAUGUACCGUCAAAUCAUGGGUGAGAACCUCCUUCCCUCAGCCAGGGCAUUGAAAAUGGGUUGUGGGUGGGUAUUCCAGCAUGACAAUGACCCAAAACACACGGCCUUGGCAACAAAGGAGUGGCUCAAGAAGAAGCACAUUAAGGUCCUGGAGUGGCCUAGCCAGUCUCCAGUCCUUAAUCCCAUAGAAAAUCUGUGGAGGGAGCGGAAGGUUCGAGUUGCCAAACGUCAGCCUCGAAACCUUAAUGACUUUGAGAAGAUCUGCAAAGAGGAGUGGGACAAAAUCCCUCCUGAGAUGUGUGCAAACCUGGUGGCCAACUACAAGAAACGUCUGACCUCCAACAAGGGUUUUGCCACCAAGUACUAAAUCAAGUUUUGCAGAGGGGUCAAAUACUUAUUUCCCUCAUUAAAAUGCAAAUCAAUUUAUAACAUUUUUGACAUGCGUUUUUCUGGAUUUUUGUUGUUAUUAUUCUGUCUCUCUUUUUUUGUAUACAUCUGGCCCUUCAUUGGACACUGUGUUAACAAACCUCCAAACGAGCUUCAAUGCCAUACAACACUCCUUCAGUAGCCUCCAACUGCUCUUAAACACUAGUAAAACUAAAUGCAUGCUUUUCAAUCGAACGCUGCUGGCACCCGCCCACCCGACUAGAAUCACCACUCUCGACGGGUCUGACCUAGAGUAUGUGGACAACUACAAAUACCUAGGUGUCUGGUUAGACUGUAAACUCAACUUCCAGACUCACAUAAAGAAUCUCCAAUCCAAAGUUAAAUCUAGAAUCGGCUUCCUAUUUCGCAACAAAGCCUCCUUCACUCAUGCUGCCAAACAUGCCCUCGUAAAACUGACUAUCCUACCGAUCCUUGACUUCGGCGAUGUCAUUUACAAAAUAGCCUCCAACACUCUACUCAGCAAAUUGGAUGUAGUCUAUCACAGUGCCAUCCGUUUUGUCUCCAAAGCCCCAUACACUACCCACCACUGUGACCUGUACGCUCUUGUUGGCUGGUCCUCACUACAUGUUCGUCGUCAAACCCACUGGCUCCAGGCCAUCUAUAAAUCACUGCUAGGCAAAUCCCCGCCUUAUCUUAGCUCAUUGGUCACCAUAGCAGCACCCACCCGUAGUCUACGCUCCAGCAGGUAUAUCUCACUGGUCAUUCCCAAAGCCAACACCUCCUUUGGCCGCCAUUCCUUCCAGUUCUCUGCUGCCAAUGACUGGAACGAAUUGCAAAAAUCUUUGAAGCUGGAGACUCUUAUCUCCCUCAAUAACUUUAAGCAUCAGUUGUCAGAGCACCUUACCGAUCACUGCACCUGUACACAGCCCAUCUGAAAUUAGCCCACCCAACUACCUCAUCCCUAUAUUGUUAUUUAUUUUGCUCUUUUGCACCCCAGUAUCUCUAUUUGCACAUAAUCUCUUGCACAUCUAGCAUUCCAGUGUUAAUACUAUUGUAAUUAUUUUGCACUAUAGCCUAUUUAUUGCCUUACCUCCAUAACUUGCUACAUUUGCACACACUGUAUAUAUAUUUUCUGUUGUAUUUUUGACUUUAUGUUUUUUACCCCAUAUGUAACUCUGUGUUGUUUUUAUUGCACUGCUUUGCUUUAUCUUGGCCAGGUCGCAGUUGUAAAUGAGAACCUGUUCUCAACUGGCUUACCUGGUUAAAUAAAGGUUGAAAUAAAAUAAAAUAAAAAUCUCACUGUUCAAAUAAACCUACCAUUAAAAUUAUAGACUGAUAAUUUCUUUGUCAGUGGGCAAACGUACAAAAUCAGCAGGGGAUCAAAUACUUUUUUCCCUCACUGUAGGUAUUCAGACCAUUUGCUAUGAGACUCGAAAUUGAGCUCAGGUGCAUCCUGUUUCCAUUGAUCAUCCUUGAGAUGUUUCUACAACUUGAUUGGAGUCCACCUGUGGUAAAUUCAAUUGAUUGGAUAUGAUUUGGAAAGGCACACACCUGUCUAUAUAAGGUCCCACAGUUUACAGUGCGUGUCAGAAGAAAAACCAAGCGAUGAGGUCGAAGGAAUUGUCCGUAGAGCUCCAAGACAGGAUUGUGUCGAGGCACCGAUCUGGGGAAGGGUACCAAAACAUUUCUGCAGCAUUGAAUAUCCCCAAGAACACAGUGGCCUCCGUCAUUCUUAAAUGGAAGAAGUUUGGAACCACUAAGACUCUUCCUAGAGCUGGCCGCCCAGCCAAACUGAGCAAUCAGGGGAGAAGGGCCUUGGUCAGGGAGGUGACCAAGAACCCGAUGGUCACUCUGACAGCGCUCCAGAGUUCCUCUGUGGAGAUGGGAGAACCUUCCAGAAGGACAACCAUCUCUGCAGCACUCCACAAAUUAGGCCUUUAUGGUAGAGUGGCCAGACGGAAGCCACUCCUCAGCAAAAGGCACAUGACAACCCUCUUGGAGUUUGCCAAAAGGUACCUAAAGAUUCUCAGACGACCAUGAGAAACUAGAUUCUCUGGUCUGAUGAAACCAAGAAUGAACUCUUUGGCCUGAAUGCCAAGCGUCACGUCUGGAGGAAACCUGGCACCAUCCCUACAGUGAAGAAUCAUGCUGUGGGAAUGUUUUUCAGCGGCAGGGACUGGGUGACUAGUCAGGAUGGAGGGAAAGAUGAAUGGAGCAAAGUACAGAGAGAUCCUUGAUGAAAAACUGCUCCAGAGCGAUCAGGACCUCAGACUGGGGCGAAGGUCACCUUCCAACAGCACAACAACACUAAGCAAACAGCCAAGACAACGCAGGAGUCGCAUCGGGACAUGCACCUUAAAAAAAGGUAGGGGCGUGGAUCAGAACACAAGUCAGCAUCUGGUGUGACCACCAUUUUCCUCAUGCAGCGCAACACAUCUCCUUUGCAUAAAGUUGAUCAGGCUGUUGAUAGUGGCCUGUGGAAUGUUGUCCCAAUCCUCUUCAAUGGCUGUGCGAAGUUUCUGGAUAUUGGCGGGAACUGGAAUAUGCUGUUGUACACGUCAAUCCAGAGCAUCCCAAACAUGCUCAAUGGGUUGACAUGUCUGGUGAGUAUGCAGGCCAUGGAAGAACUGGGACAUUUUCAGCUUCCAGGAAUUGUGUACAGAUCCUUGCGACAUGGGGCUGUGCAUUAUCAUGCUGAAACAUGAGGUUAUGGCGGCAGAUGAAUGGCAAUGGACCUCGUCACGGUGUCUCUGUGCAUUCAAAUUGCCAUCGAUAAAAUGCAAUCUUGUUCGUUGUCCGUAGCUUAUGCCUGCCCAUACCACAACCCCACCAUCACCAUGGGGCACUCUGUUCACAACGUUGACAUUAGCAAAUCGCUCGACCACACAUCACCAUACACGUGGUCUGCAGUUGUGAGGCUGGUUGGACGUAUUGCCAAAUUCUCUAAAACGAUGUUGGAGGUGGCUUAUGGUAGAUAAAUUAACAUAAAAUUACCUGGCAACAGCUUUGGUGGAUAUUCCUGCAGUCAGCAUGCCAAUUGCAUGCUCCCUCAAAACUUGAGACAUAUGUAGCAUUGUGUUGUGUGACAAAACUGCACAUGUUUAUUGUCCCCAGCACAAGGUGCACCUGUGUAAUGAUCAUGCUGUUUAAUCAGCUUUUUGAUAUGCCACAACUGUCAGGUGGAUGUAUUAUCUUGGCAAAGGAGAAAUAAGCUUUUUGUGUGUAUGGAACAUUUCUGGAAUCUUUUAUUUCCGCUCAUGAAACAUGGGACCAACACUUUACAUGUUGAGUUAAUAUUUUUGUUCAGUAUAUACGCAAUUCACAUUGCUCCUAUUGAAUGGCGUACACUGAGAGAUCUAAAAAGCAUAAACUAUUUCUAGUAGCCAGAUACCAUUCAUUUAUUCAGCAAUUCAUUGUGCUAAUAAGACACUUGGCAGACGUGGUAUUAUCUCCAUUGGCAAUAGGAAUGGCCAUGUAUACUAGAUUUAGCUCUAUACCAGGGUAGGCAACAUUAAUGGGGGUGGGGGCCACAAAAAAUCUAAAAUGAGGCUCGCGGGUCUGCUUACCCACAUUCAUACCCAUGCAUUCAGUCAGAGCCGGCCCUAGCCUUUUGGGGGCCCUAAGUGAAAUGUUUGUUGGGGACCCCCCCACCUUGCGAGUAAAACAUUAUUGACAGCGGAGAGUUUUAAAGCACAUUUUCUGCAAUUCUACUCAAUUUUCCAUGGGGCGGAGAGAAAUGUGUGCAGUUUUGAAUAUAUUAUCUGAGUGAGCGUUACUAACAAAAUCAAUGGGUUGAGAAAAGCGAGAAAGCGCAAUCGGAUUGAAUCCCGGCCUAGCAUAGGACAACCCCCAUCACAGAGCAUCUAACACACACUAGCAUAGGACAACCCCCAUCACAAAGCAUCUAACACACGCUAGCAUAGGACAACCCCCAUCACAAGCAUCUAAAACACACUAGCAUAGGACAACCCCCAUCACAGAGCAUCUAACACACUAGCAUAGGACAACCCCCAUCACAAAGCAUCUAACACAUGCUAGCAUAGGACAACCCCCAUCACAGAGCAUCUAACACACACUAGCAUAGGACAACCCCCAUCACAAAGCAUCUAACACACACUAGCAUAGGACAACCCCCAUCACAAAGCAUCUAACACACACUAGCAUAGGACAACCCCCACCACAGAGCAUCUAACACACUAGCAUAGGACAACCCCCAUCACAGAGCAUCUAACAUAGACUAGCAUAGGACAACCCCCAUCACAGAGCAUCUAACACACACUAGCAUAGGACAACCCCCAUCACAAAGCAUCUAACACACGCUAGCAUAGGACAACCCCCACUCACAAAGCAUCGAACACACCCUAGCAUAGGACAACCCCCAUCACCAUGAGCAUACUAACAAACACUGCCAUAGGACAACCCCCAUCACAAAGCAUCUAACACACACUAGCAUAGGACACCCCCCAUCACAGAGCAUCUAACACACUAGCAUAGGACAACCCCCAUCACAGAGCAAUUAACAUAGGACUAGAAGGAAACACACACUACAUAGGACAACCCCCACACAAGCAUCUAACACACGUCAUAGACAAACCCCCAUCACAAAGCAUCUAACACACGCUAGCAUAGGACAACCCCCAUCACAAAGCAUCUAACACAAAACCCACCUGGCAAAAACCCCCAUCACAAAGCAUCUAAAACACCUAGCAUAGGACAAACCCCCACCACCAAAGCAUCGAACCAAAAAGCAUAAAACCCCCCCAACGGCUUAAAACAAGGGCUAGGGAAACCCCCAUCAAAAGCAUCUAAACCACUAGCAUAGGACAAACCCCCACACGAGACAAACAAGAUGGAAAACCCCCACACAGUCUAACAAGACACAAGGACAAAACCCCCAAAAAAGGCAUCUAAACCACUAGCUAGGGCAACCCCCAUCACAAAGACUAACAACGCAGCAUGGGGCAACCCCCCAAACACAAAGAAUUUAACCACCACUACAAAGGACAAACCCCCUCACAGAAUAAACCCCUCUAGCAUAGGACAACCCCCAUCACAAAGCAUCUAACACUAGCAAAGGACAAAACCCCCAUCCAAAACACUAACACACUCUUGGACAAAACCCCCUCACAAAAGGAAAAGCUAGCAUAGGACAACCCCCCAUAAGAGAACUAAACACACAAACUGGAAAACCCCCUACAGAGCAUCUAACCACGCUAGUAGGACAACCCCCAAAACACAAGUUCUAACACACACUUCAUAGGACAACCCCCCAUACAAACUCUAACAACACGCUAGCAUGACAAACCCCCAUCAAAAAGCAUCUAACCCCAUAGCAUAGGAAAAAAACCCCCACACAAAGCUCUAACACACAGCAUAGGGACCAAAACCCCCAAACAAAAGAAACUAACACAUACAUAGGCAAAACCCCCAACACAGAGCAUCUAACACACACUAGCAUAGGACAACCCCCAUCACAGAGCAUCUAACACACACUAGCAUAGGACAAAUGGCAAGAUCUCUAAUACACACUAACACAAACUAUUAUAGACUUAUAACAGACCUCUACCUGUCAAUAUGUGUCUUACUGAAGGGGUCUUUAUCUGUUGACACUUACAGUAUGUAUGUAUGUAUGUAUGUCCUGUCCUGGGGAGUAGCAUUGAUUUGUCGACAGUUUCUCUUCUGUUAGUAUGUUUGUUUGUUUGUUUAUUUACUUUGGCUGAACUUUAGUGAGAGUAAGGGAGUGUGACUAAGGAUGUCUGGAAGGACGACACACUGCUGUCGUUACGUAGAUGCCCAGUUUGUCUCACUGUGACACCGUAAUAGGAGGAAUGCACUCUAAUUAGGCCGAACUGUCUCUCUCUGUGUCUGUGUUUCUGUGUGUGUCUGUGUCUGUGUUUCUGUGUGUGUCUGUGUCUGUGUUUCUGUGUGUGUCUGUGUCGUUCUCUUUCUGUGUUUCUGUCUCUUUCUCUCUUUUUUCUCCCCCCUCUUUCUCUCUCUCUCUGUAUAGUAUAUACUGUACAUACAUUGAGUGUACAAAACAUUAGGAACACCUUCCUAAUAUUGAGUUGCACCCCCUUUUGCCCUCAGAACAGACUCAAUUCGUCAAGGUAUGGACUCUACAAGGUGUCGAAAGUGUUCCACAGGGAUGCUGGCCCAUGUUGAUUCCAAUGCUUCCCACAGUUGGGCUCCCGAGUGGUGCAGUGGUCUAAGUCACUGCAUCUCAGUGCUUGAGGUGUCUCUACAGACCCCCUGGUUCGAUUCCAGGCUGUAUCACAACCGGCCGUGAUUGGGAGUCCCAUAGGGCAGCGCACAAUUGGCCCAGUGUCGUCCGGGUUUGGCCGGUGUAGGCCGUCAUUGUAAAUAAGAAUUUGUUCUUAACUGACUUGCCUAGUUAAAUAAAUAAAAAGUUGGCUGGAUAUCCUUUGGGUGGUGGGCCAUUCUUGAUACACUCGAAAUUGUUGAGCGUGAAAAAUCCAGCAGCGUUGCAGUUCUUGACACACUUAAAUCGGUGCGCCUGGCACCUACUACCAUACCCCGUUCAAAGGCACUUAAAUCUUUUGUCUUGCCCAUUCAGCCUCUGAAUGGCACACAUACACAAUCCAUGUCUCAAUUGUCUCAAGGCUUAAAAAUCCUUCUUUAACCUGUCUCCUCCCCUUCAUCUACACUGAUUGAAUUGGUUUUAACAAGUUACAUCUGUAAGGGAUCAUAUCCUUCACCUGGAUUCACCUGGUUAAUCUAUGUCAUGGAAAGAGCAGGUGUCCUAAUGUUUUGUACACUCAGUGUAUAUCUAUCUCUCUCUCUGAACAAUGCACUGAUAUAUUUCCAUAGCCUGUUGAAGUGACUCACUGUGUGUGGUUAGAUUUCCUUUUGAGAUAUUCACCUUAAAAUGCUUUUGCUGAGAAAUGUUUUAUAAAUAUUUCAAUAUUGGUGCGAGUGUGUGUGUGUGUGUGUAUGUGUGUGUGUGUGUGUGUGUGUCCGUGCUAGUGGGUGUGUGCGUGCGUGCCCAUGAGAGAGAGUGUGUGUGUGCAUUUGUGUGCGUGCGUGUGUCCGCGUGUCUGUGUGUACACACCAGUUUUAAUAAUGAGCCGUAAGACAGCAGUAAGCCGGUCUGGCCUUUCCGGAGUGCUUUAAUAAUGAUGAAGCAGCCAUUUUAUUGAUCUGUUGUUGGUCGCUAAAUCACUUGCUGCCUUCCCAAAAUAGAAACAAAGCUGUUUGGAUUAUGCAAAGCAGAGGGAGAGCAUUCUUAAUUACAAAAUAAUUAGACUUCAAUUUCAACCCACUGCAUCAUAAUUCCACUCCACCCCAUCCCCACUCCUAUCUGUCUGUUUUCUGCUCUAAGCUUAUCUCUGUAUCUCCCAACCUUGAGCGUUUGCAGAAUGUUUAUAGUGUUCGGAGAGUUUUUAUGUAAAAAAUGUAUAGCAUUCGUAGAGUGUUAAUAGAAUGUUUUUGAAGUGUUUCUCAGCUCUUCUCAGUGAAGUGUUGCUGUAGUAGGUUUGGCGCUAGUCGUUAGCUUAGUCAUGCUGCCUGCCUCCUCACAGCCAGGUGCUCUCUCUCUCUCUCUCUCUCUCUCUCUCUCUCUCUCUCUCUCUCUCUCUCUCUCUCUCUCUCUCUCUCUCUCUCUCUCUCUCUCUCUCUCUCUCUCUCUCUCUGUCGGUCUGUCUAUUUACAUCUGUAUCUCUCUUUCGCUCUGUCUCUCUUCUCUCUUUCUCUCAUGUCUCUUCUCUCUUCUUUAUAGUACGUCAGUCAAUCUAUGUAUUUUUCCUUUAAUCUCUCUUGACCUUACUCUUUAUCUUUUUCUCUCUCUCUCUCUUCAAUGGGGAUAAAACUUGUCUCUUCAAUGGGGAUAACACUUGUCUCUUCAAUGGGGAUAAGACUUGUCUCUGUCAAUGGGGAUAACACUUGUCUCUGUCAAUGGGGAUAACACUUGUCUCUUCAACGGGGAUAACACUUGUCUCUUCAAUGGGGAUAACACUUGUCUCUGUCAAUGGGGAUAACACUUGUCUCUUCAACGGGGAUAACACCUGUCUCUUCAAUGGGGAUAACACUUAUCUCUUCAAUGGGGAUAACACUUGUCUCGUCAACGGGGAUAACACUUGUCUCUGUCAAUGGGGAUAACACUUGUCUCGUCAACGGGGAUAACACUUGUCUCUUCAACGGGGAUAACACAUGUCUCUUCAAUGGAGAGAACACUUGUCUCUUCAAUGGGGAUAAAACUUGUCUCUUCAAUGGGGAUAACACUUGUCAAUGGGGAUAACACUUGUCUUUUCAAUGGGGAUAUUACUUGUCUCUUCAAUGGGGAUAACACUUGUUAACACUGUCAAUGCUUUCCCAUUUGAACCACCUUUUAACCACCUUUGUGCAUUAUGAUUGUACAGGUAUAUAGGUAUUUAGCCAUGAUCUGUAAUGAAUGCUUAUACUGUACUGUAGCUAUAUAAUGCAUCAUAAAGGAGAAUUCAUUUAUAAUGCAUGCUACACAGGUGGUUGAUAGGUGUUACCAUGUUUCAGGGAUGUACAUGAUGUAACCAAAUGUAAACUCUGCCUUGCAUCCCUCCUCUACUCUAACAUCACAACAGCCAUCUGCUGAACACAGCAUAAUCCAAACUAAGGUGUAAUAGUCACAUGUGAACACACCGUAUGGCCAUAGGAUAAACCCUAUACGUGUACAGUAUGUGUGUGAGAGGUACAACUGUACCUGGUUCUGGUACAAAUGGUGUCCCACUGUGAUUAAGUGACCCUCUUCUUCCUGUCCCUCACUUCCUUCUUCCUGUGGUCUCCUAGGCGAUCCACUCGGUUGCCUGGCACCAUGAGGGCAAGCAGUUCAUCUGUAGUCACUCAGACGGAACGCUCACCAUAUGGAACAUCAAAGGCCAGGGCAAGCCAUUUCAGACAAUCACCCCACAUGGUAAGCUUGAACACACACACACCUUUCACCCCAAUUUCUUUUCAUAUGCAGCCUGUCUUUAUAACGUUUCUCCAGUUUCCAACAUUUCUCAUUUCUCAUCAGAAUCAAAAUCACAUACAUUUACACAUACUAAGAAUUUUACUUGGUGAUAUUGGGCUGCAAGUGAUAGACAACAUUUAGAGACAGAAUACAGACAGAGGAAUUUACACUAAGUAAACAUACGUUAUAUACAAAAUAGAUCAAAUAAAGUGAGCAAGGGUUUAAUUUACUCCCAGUAAAUUCCCUGACAUGACUUUGUCCCCCACACACACACACACACACACACACACACACACACACACACACACACACACACACACACACACACAGCAGAGAGGAAUAGAAGAGAAAGGGAGUGAAAGAAAGCAAAAUAACUUUGAACCUCAUUCUUAAAUUGCCAUUUAAUUGUUCUUGUGUACAGUAUAUUGGGGAAAGAAUUCCAUUGGAACUGUUUAGAAUUAGUUGUUUUUCCCACUGCUGCAUGCAUAAUCAGUUUAGUAUUUAAUUAACAAUUAUGAAAACGUGUGUGACAGGUUUAUGUGAAAUUAAAAAAGGCUUCCCUUUAAGCAAUUUAAUUAAGGCUAGGUAAUUGUCAAUUAUUGCUUUAAAUUAUGAUUACAUUCUUCCUUUUUAGUGUAUACUUAUUUGACCAACCGUUAAGUUGACUGCCUUUGUGCACAUAGCUAUCAUUUAUUCACAAAUAUAUCUCUCCCUCUCUCUCCCUCUCUCUGAUGGACAGGCCUGAAUCACUGUCUGGCACACACACUGGCUGCUACUGCUGCAUCAGGGACAUAGUGGAAGAAAAGGGAGAGUAGAGGAGAGGAGAGGAGGGGAGGGGAGGGGAGGGGGGGGGGGGAGAGGAGAGGAGAGGAGAGGAGAGGAGAGGAGAGGAGAGGAGAGGAGAGGAGAGGAGAGGAGAGGAGAGGAGAGGAGAGGAGAGGAGAGGAGAGGGAGGAGGAGGGGAGAGAGGGAACGAAGUAGAGAGCAGGAGGGGAAUGAAGAAUGGAACUGACCAACUAAAGUGGCCUGUCCGUGUUCUAUUUCAGGAAAGCAGCCCAAGGAUGGAAAGAAGCCAGAGCCCUGCAAACCCAUCCUCAAAGUGGAGUACAAGACCACUAGACUGGGGUAAGGAUACGCACACACACACACACACAUCCCUACGAUGCCUGGAGAGAUGAUGAAUAUGGUAUCUCGAUAGCCUUCCAUAUGGACUUGUGUCUCAUGUGUCUGUUCAUGUGUGUGUUUCGGUGUGUGUGUGUGGAAUGUGUGUGUAUGUCUGCAUCUGUCUGUGUGUGGUAUGUGUGUGUUAUACAGAGACCCCUUCAUGAUCCUGUCUGGAGGUCUGUCGUAUGACACGGUGGGUCGGCGGCCAUGUCUGACGGUGAUGCAUGGGAAGAGUACAGCCGUGCUGGAGAUGGACUAUCCCAUCGUAGACUUCCUCACGCUUUGUGAGACGCCAUACUCUAACGGUCAGUCACCCUGUGUGUGUGGUUGUUUGUAUGCUUGCUAUAUAUCAUUAUCUACAAAUAUCCCAGUAAGCCUCAGAGUGUGUUUGAGUGGAAUCAGUUUAAUUAGCAACUACACUGACGGCUUUGUUGUUCUGUUUCCAGACGGUAAUAUGUUGUGUCCUAGCCCUUCUCAGCAUUGACAUUUGACCUUUCUGUUUUUGUGUGUAUGUGUGUAUGUGUGUGUGUGCGAGUAGUGUGAUGAAUAUAAAAUAUCCCAGGGGAGGUUUAUGCUCGUGAUUCAUUGUGGAGUACAAUGAAUGUUAGGUUUGUAUUUUCUCCCUUGUUCACAAUAGCUGUCUGACCUGAUUAUGUUAUUAAAUGAAUGCCCUGCCCUUUGUGAGAUGAUGUCCCUUGGGAGAGGGCUUUCAUUGAUGAUGAUGAUUUAGAUGUUCUGUUCUCUAUAUCAUUAUGUACUGACAGAGGUGUUGAUUUUGGUGUCUUGUUUUGUUUUUGUUUUGCUAAGAUGUGUGUGUUUCAAUGGGAACCCAUUGAGUGGAGGUGGGAAUAGACCUAAUUCAAUUGAAUGGCGUUUUACAUCUUGUGCCGAGAUGUCUGGGUCGGAGAGGGGCUGGCUGGAGAACACACAGUGGAGUACCCUCUCCCCUUUACAGCUCAAAUCUUACCUGCUUUAUAGCCCCAGGUAGCCUCUGAUGUACACUACUGGUCAAAAGUUUUAGAACACCUACUCAUUCAAGGGUUUUUCUUAAUUUUUUACUAUUUUCUACAUUGUAGAUAUAUAGUGAAAACAUAAAAACUAUGAAAUAACACAUAUGGAAUCAUGUAGUAACCAAAACAGUGUUAAACAAAUCAAAAUAUAUUUUAUAUUUGAGAUUCUUCAAAUAGCCACCCUUUGCCUUGAUGACAGCUGUGCACACUCUUGGCAUUCUCUCAACCAGCUUCAUGAGGUAGUCACCUGGAAUGCAUUUCAAUUAGCAGGUGUGCCUUCUUAAAAGUAAAUUUUAGGAAUUUCUUUCCUUCUUAAUGUGUUUGAGCCAAUCAGUUGUGUUGUGACAAGGAAGUGGGGGUAUACAGAAGCUAGCCCUAUUUGGUAAAAGAUCAAGUCCAUAUUAUGGCAAGAACAGCUCAAAUAAGCAAACGACAGUCCAUCAUUAGUUUCAAUACAUUUUAAAGUUUCUUCAAGUGCAGUCACAAAAACCAUCAAGCGCUAUGAUGAAACUGGCUCUCAUGAGGACCGCCACAGGAAUGGAAGACCCAGAGUUACCUCUGCUGCAGAGGAUAGGUUCAUUAGAGUUACCAGCCUCAGAAAUUGCAGGCCAAAUAAAUGCUUCACAGACUUCCAGUAACAGACCUAUCUCAACAUCAACUGUUCAGAGGAGACUGUGUGUAUCAGGCCUUCAUGGUCGAAUUGCUGCAAAGAAACCACUACUAAAGGACACCAAUAAUAAGAAGAGACUUGCUAGGGCCAAGAAACACGAGCAAUGGACAUUAGACCGGUGGAAAUGUGUAUUCAGCACUAUGGCAUGCUUCAAAUUCAAAUACUUCCAGCUUAAUGCACCAUCAGGAGUUUUCCAUAAGAAUACGUGGAUGACUUCAGCGCUAUCACUAUCUGCUGGUUUUAAUGUCUAUGAGGCGGAUGCGGUGGAUUGAGACGCAGCCCAUACAAAAAACUAGAUAUCUCUAGCUUGAACUGACAGAUUUUUAUGGGGAUUUUUUUUAUAUUAAUUUAUUGUCAAUCGACUCUUAAUCGGUGUUAUUACAUUUACCGUUGUUUCAGGUCUGUAACAACGGUUAAUGUAACACUUUGAAAAGUUGAAAAUCAAAAAUGGAUUACAUUUAGAAAAGUUAUUACAUUAACCGGUAGCCUAGCGGUUAAGAGCAUUGGGCCGAGCUGACUAGGAGAAACAUCUGUCAAUGUGCCCUUGAGCAAUUGCUAAAUAACUCAAAUGUAAUGUGAUAACUUAUUUCAUUAAACUGAAAAAAGUUAUUACGUUAACAGUUCAACAUUUUAUUACAUUAACUGGCUUUAUUACAUAAAACAAUGUAAAAGUUAUUAUAAAUAGAAAAGUUAUAACAUUAACAGGGUUAUUACAUUGACCGUUGUUACACACCCUCAUAAACAAUUAUGUUUAUCCUUAGGCAGUUUAAUGUUGAUAGGCAUGUGUAAAUGACCGUCAUGCAUCUUAACCACAGAAAAUGUGGGGCUAAAGCCAUGUGGAUGUAGCUCAUCCAAAAAGUGUGUGUGUGUAGCUUGAAGUGUGUGUGUCUUGUUUGAUGUUGGUGUGGGGGCAUGAGGAAACCGAUUAGCAGACGAUCGGGCGAUGGUUACGUAAUGGUGACCAUGGCGACCAACCUUAUGUUGGGAUGCUUUGAUUCCAUCGCGUUAUGGCGACCUAGGAGACCCUGGAUUACGCAAUACUGGGCUGAUUACUGCACCACUGGUUCAACCUGCUGUUACUGUGCAAGAUGGGGAGGAGGGGGAUGAUGUUGAACAGGACAUCUGAUCUUUUAUUAUGUAAUCGAGGCUUUUUGAGAAAAGAUCAGAGGCAGAUCAAUGAGACAGACGGACACACUGACAGACGGACACACUGACAGAUGGACACACUGACAAACGGACACAGUGACAGACAGACACACUGACAGACGGACACACUGACAGCGAUGGGCAAAGAGAAUGGUAGACUGGCAGGGAGACAGACAAAGACAGACAUAGGUAGGCAGCACAGACAGCCGGACAGCCGGACUGACAGACACAUCCACAGACAACAAAGAAUGAAAAACACUUAGAGAAUUUCUGAGACAUUCUAACAGACAAAAGGAGAUUGUGAGAGAAGGCAAGAGGGAAUUGGAGAGAGACAGAGCGGAGGGACAUUGAUUGUCAAGGUCGUGGCUGCACUGGUGUACAAUGUGUUUCUUUGGGGACUUACAAGCUGUAGCUACACUGACUCGGAAGGGAGGACACUGAAUACAUGUUCCAGGCUUCCAGUCACUGUUCUCUCUGCAAACACACACACCACACGCACACACACUAUCCUCUCUCUGGCUCAGACAAUAACGGCUAUUUACUCUCCCAUUGCAUCUCAGCCAGACGCUAACAAAAUAACACUGCAUUUUCUCCUACCACCUCCAACAACAUACUGCUAUUGUGCUGCAAUAUAUGUGUAGGUAUUUCAGGUCUGUUUGUAUUCCUCCAUAUUCCUUCAGUUCAGCUCAGUUAUUUUUCAUCCAAAGCUUUAUUGGGCAAAAUAAUGUUCCAUAAUCAAACAUCCCACUGGGCAAAAACAGGUUGAAUCAACGUUGUUUCCACAUAAUUUCAACCCCAAAAAUCAAUGUGAUGACGUUGAAUCAACGUGGAAAACUAAUUGGAUUGGCAAAAAGUCAUCAGCAUAAGGGCAUUUCUUCUUUUUUUUCACCCAAUUUUGUACCUACAUUUCAUUAAAUUCAUGUUAGUUGACAACUCAACCAAAUGUAAAUCAAAACUAGACGUUGAACUGACGUCUGUGCCCAGUGGGAUGUUAACUAAUCUUCAGUUUAAUAUUGAGAUACGCUUUAAAUAUGUUACUAUAUAUCCCUACUGUACCAAGCCUCAAGCUCAUAUAUUUUGUCAACAUCUUGAAGGCACUCAUGUCCUUUGGGAAUUGUAGAUUUCAGAGAAGAUCUGUAGAGAAUAUACCCUACAUAUUGUGUUGAUGAAUGACCUAUAUCUUACUUUUUGUUGUUUGUUUUCCAUGCAGAUUUUCAGGAACCUUAUGCCGUAGUGGUCCUUCUAGAAAAGGAUUUAGUAGUAAUCGACCUUGCACAAAAUGGGUACGUCUGAGUGCAUGUUAAUGUACUUAACAUGCUGUAUUAACAUAAAAGAUGUAGCUACUGUAUUAUUCGGACUUCCUGAAUGUUCCUAUUCAUUUAAAAUACAACAGUUAUUACUAACUGACAGGUAGUAUGUUAUCCCUGUAGAUUUAGCUUAGAUUCUGUACUUUCAUUCAUUUCCAUUCUGUUGCAUGCUUCUCUUACAGUUUCAAUGUCUCAUGGCCUGGCAUUAUAGGGACUAAAACUGUGAGCUGUAACUGUAUGUCCCCUUUCCCAGUUACCCCAUUUUCGAGAACCCCUAUCCACUGACCAUCCACGAGUCUCCGGUUACCUGCUGUGAGUACUUUGCUGACUGCCCUGUGGACCUCAUACCCGCACUUUACUCUGUUGGAUCCAGACAGAAACGACAGGGCUACAGCAAAAAGGUAAAGACUUUUCUACAAUACACCCUCUCAGCUACUGGGUCCUACGUAAUGGUGGUACUGUGCUAUGUGCUAUAGCAAGGGUAUUCAACUCUUACCCUACGAGGUCCGGAGCCUUCUGGUUUUCUGUUCUACCUGAUAAUUAAUUACACCCACCUGGUGUCCCAGGUCUAAAUCAGUCCCUGAUUAGAGGAGAACAAUGAAAAAAUGCAGUGGAACUGGCUUCGAGGUCCAGAGUUGAGUUUAAGGGUGCUAUACCAUCAUAUCCCAUCAAUGUUUAUGUUGAAGGUUAUACAGUAAAUAACAUAUCCUAUUAUGCUGUAGUCCAAUCUCCACCCUGUUUUUUCUUUUUAAAUCUAACAACUUAUCCUUUCAUUUAUCCUACAUUUUCUUUAAUUCUGUCUUUAUUCUACUCUCUAUCCUGUGUCUCUCUGUUCUGCUCCUUUGUAAGUCAUUGUAUUCUUGUUAUAUUCCCCACGCUGUUGGAAAUGGCACCAUGUCCUGACCCUCUCCUCCCUCUCAUCUCUCCAUCCCUUUCUCUCCCUGCCUGCUUCUUUCUGCUGUUUGUCAAGUAAGGGGUAGCUGUGGGAAACGUUCUUACUGAAAGAUCAAUGUUGAGUCAUACCACUGACCUUUGUAUGUGCUACUGCGUUUAACACAACUUAAAAAACACAUUUAAGCUCUCACAUGCAUACAUUGACAUACACACACAGUGGUAAAGGUUACCAUGGUAAAGGUUCCCUCUAUCUCUAAGACAAAUUAUGUCCAAUCAGCCCACUGGCUAAGAGAAGGCAUGUGUCUCUGUCCUCUUGCUUCCCUCCUGUCUCAUUCCAAUGGUGUCAUUAUGUUUGUAAUAUUUGAUGCAAUGUGUAGGCUAGAUUGGAUCUGAUAUUAUCUUAUCACUAAAUUCCUUAUACAGUACACAUGUAUCAAUCUCAACGAUUACCAUUUCUUGUGUUGUCUUGUUUGUGUUGUCCUGUUUGGUGUAUUGUGUUGUCUAGGAGUGGCCCAUCAGUGGUGGUAACUGGGGCCUCGGCACACAGAGCUACCCUGAGAUCAUUAUCACUGGGUAGGAGACCAACUCUAUUUAACCAUAUUGCUUUCCUCUAUCCUUCCUUUAUCCUGCCUAGCAGUCAUGAGAGGAAACAACUCAGAGACAGGCAGAAGAAGCCUUUUAUAAUACUUGAACUUAGCAAAGUGACAUUGAAGCAUGGCUUGGCAGAAGGGGUCUCUUUACAUUCCUCCCCCUCUCUCUCUCUCUCUCUCUCUCUCUCUCUCUCUCUCUCUCUCUCUCUCUCUCUCUCUCUCUCUCUCGUCACCUCCAGACAUCCCUGUGUUAGUAUUCUCCCCACGUCUCUCUCUCUCUCUCUCUCUCCCGCUCUCUGUUCAGCUGAAAAAAAAGAAGGAAAAAAAGAGAGAGAUUGGAGGAAAGUAAGCAGUUUCUCCAGUGACACCAAGUGGAGAUUAUACAGGGCAAUCCCAGAAUGCAUUGCACCAUUGAGACACAGGUUUAUGGUGUGUCUCCUCUCAUGUGGAUGUAUUCUUCUGUAGAGCUGAAUCUAGACAAUCAUCACAGGUAGAGCCAAGCUGAAUCAUUAGAGAUGUGGGUGUGUAUGCAAAAAGCUGAAGUCGUAAUUAUUCCCUCUCUGUUUCGCUACCCUCUCUCCUUCUCUCACCCGUCUUCUCUCUUUCUCUUUAUGAUUUAACAGGCAUGCUGAUGGGACUGUGAAGUUUUGGGAUGCUUCUGCAAGUAAGUGCCUUUACAUGGACUUCUUUAUGGGUAAUAUCUUGGCCUAGAUGGCCUUAUAGAGUGAUUGACCAGAAGUCAACAUGGAGCCAACAUGUAGCACAGUUUCCCUACUCUAUACUGUCUGCCAAUGUGUUUGUGUGUAACUAAGCCAUCUCCUAUCUUUUCCCAGUAAUGCUCCAGGUUCUGUACAAACUGAAGACGGCCAAGGUGUUUGAGAAGAGCAGGAUUAAUAAGGAGGACAAGCAGAACACAGAGAUUGUGGAUGAGGACCCGUAUGCCAUCCAGAUCAUGGCCUGGUGUCCUGAGAGCAGGAUGCUGUGUGUGGCCGGGGUGUCUGCCAACCUCAUCAUAUACCGCUUCAGCAAGCAGGAGAUCACCACCGAGGUCGUACAGGUGGGUCGGCGUGUGUGUGUAUGUGUGGAUGUGUGUGUUUGGAGGCGAAAGAAACACACACCUUUUUAGGGGAGGUGCUGGCUAGCGGAGUAGAACACUUGAAAAAGAAAAGGAGAGCUGCACAAUCUAGGAGCUCAGAUGCAAUAAUUGAAUAACCUAAUAACCAACGUUUCGACAGACAAGCUGUCUUCAUCGUGUGUGUGUGUUCAACAUUUCUCUGUACUGACCAUGUUGGAUCGUUGGAUUGUGUAAACUGAGAAACACUCCCAUUUACUCUUGAUGCUUAUAGCCUGGCAGUAUGGAUGCCAUGACGACAGACACAGUGGUAAAUGCUAUGACGACAGUGGUAAAUAUAGCCUCCUGUAGACAAUUAGAUUCACCCAUACUGAGCAGAGUCAUUAUUGGUUCAGUGGUGUUUCUUGGGUCCUGAAGGCUGUUCCUAGAGACAGUGUUUACCUCCCAAUGCCUCAUUAGAUAAAUCUCCAGCCAGUAAGAACACAAUAUGGUUGCCAUGCCAACAUACAUAGUGGUAAACGACCUGUAUCAUUAUUUUGUGGUAGCUAUGAGAAGUGAUGAGAUGAGUAGUGGAGUGAUGUGAGUUAUUGGAAUGCAAAUAAUUAUCUGUGUCUGACCAAGAUCAAGUAUGUGACCUGUGGAGAGAUUGAAAGCAGAGUUUAAGUUGUAGUGAAUCUCAUAGUAGUCUAGCUUCUCUUCUCACAGGGCAAUCUCAGAGAGAGAGAGAGGAGAGAGAGAGAGAGAGGAGAGAAGAGAGAGAGGAAGAGAUAGAGAGAGGAAGAGAGAGAGAGAGAGAGAAGGAAGAGAGAUAAGGAAGGAAGAGAGAGAGAGGGGAGAUUGAGAGAAGAGAGAUCUUUCCCAGAUCCAGCGAUACCCCCUUUUUUUUGGGAGGGGGGGAGAGAACCAGGCCGGCGCUCCUCCCAUUCCAAUUGGGUUCUCCCAUAUUUUCCCCUUGUACAGGUCACUUGCCUGUGCUUUGGCUCCCAUCUGCCCCUUUGGGCCUGCGGGUGCGGGUGGUUUGGGGCCUGUGUGUUGGGGAGGGGGGAUCUGACAUGCAGGGUCACAGCUCUGUAGAGGGUGGAGUGUGGGUGGGAGAGGAGGUUGGGGUGCAGUCAAGUAGCCUGAAGGAAGGGCUCAAAAAAACCCGGGUUCCUUUUUGCCUUGUGGAAAAUAAAACCCAGAAAAAGGAAAAAAAAAAAAAGGGUUGCAAAACCUAAGAAGGCUGGGAAACCUUUCUAGUUCAAAAAGGGAAAGUCUUCCCACGGCAGAAAGCAACAACAAAAAACCUCUGAACUCAUUAUUGAGUUUCUGGAAUGUGUGUGUGUUUCCCAGCUGUUGGAGGUACGUCUGCAGUACGAGGUGAAUGACAUGGAGUCCCCUCCAGAGGGGGGAGGAGGGGGGGACCGUGACCUGCCCACCCCAGGAACAGCCUCACCUAGCCCCCAGACCACCGGACCCCCGACACACCCCUCCACCAGCAGCAACUCCUCUGACGGGGUCCGAGACAACGUACCCUGCCUCAAGUAUGCAUCCUACACCACCACCGGCUCACAUAGAGUAGCUACACACACAUACACUCUGCAACAAAGUGUGCCUUAGGGACGCACAACCCACCCACAAUCUCUCUGAGGCUAUUCAAUACAAUAACAGUCUUUUUCUCUCCCUCUCUGUCUGUAGGGUGCGUAGUACCCCUCUGAAGCAGUCUCCAGGGUACCAGGUAGAGUUGGUGGUGCAGCUGGUGUGGGUAAGUGGAGAGCCCCCCCAACAGAUCACCAGCCUGGCCCUCAACUCCUCCUACGGCCUGUAAGUAUAAGGUGGUAGACAGUAUAUCUAUAUGAGAUUUACCGUAAACCCUAAUGAAACAACCCAAUAUGACACUUCAAUCUGGAGCUCUGUGCAUACCAACCAAGGAUACUUGAAAGUAAGAUCAUUUUAGGGAGCGAUAAUGUUUUUCUCAACUUGAGAAACAAGACCUCAUUUCGAAGAGUCAAAAUGUGGUUGUGAGCCCUGGAUUUGAUAUGAUUUCCCUCGUACAGCCGAGCUGGAAUGGAAUCAAGCCGUGUCUACAUGGUUUAUGUCCGCAGGGAAAUUCUGACUGAGAUUUCUGCUGCUUUGCUUUCUGGAAGAACUAGCUAUAUUUAAUCUAAACCCUAAUCUCAUAUCUCUUUUUAUAUCUCCCUCUCUCUCUACUUCUCUCUAUCUCUCCCUCCCUCUCUCCCCUUCCUCUCUCCAACAGAAUUGUGUUUGGGAACAGUAAUGGUCUGGCGGUGAUGGACUACCUCCAGAAGACAGUGUUGUUGAACCUGGGGACAGUGGAGCUGUAUGGGUCUAAUGAUCCCUACCAGAGACAGCCUCGCUCUCCACGCAAGACACGCCAGCCAUCCGGAGGUAAUGGUAAAGACCUUUACCAUUUCACUGAUUUACCGCCACACAGAUAGCCUUAUUUAGGUUUGUACCACAGGAGGCUGCUGAGGGGAGGACAGCUCAUAAUAAUGUCUGGAACGGAGCAAAUGGAAUGGCAUCAAACACAUGGAAACCAACACGUUUGAUGUAUUUGAUACCAUUCCACUAAUUCCGCUCCAGCCAUUACCACAUUACCCCAAUUAAGGUGCCAUCAACCUCCUGUGGUUUGUACUAUAUAUGGCCUUACAGUACCUGGUCUUUUGUAGUUUAAUACUAGAUGUGACUUAUGUCAUCUUAAUAAUACUAAUACUUUCUGGUAUGUAGAUAUAGGCUUACGUAGUCUUGUACGAUGUUACAGGUAUGAGGGGUAUGUUUGGUAGAUGUGCUUGCAGACUGUUCAGGCUGUAUCACAUGCACAUGUAGGCAGUCAAAAAAAGCAAUGGUGGUGACAAGGUUGUAUGAGGUUCUCUGUCUCCUCUCCUCCAUCUCUGUAUCUUUGCAAUUCCUUGAAAGGAUUUUGAAUGGUAACUAAAUAGUUAUUUUGACUAUUCAGUACGUCAUCUUCUCUCUGUGGUGGCUGGCUGGCACACACACUGACACACAAAUAGCCAUCUCUCCUACACAUACCCUGUCACUGCAGCACUGUGGUGUUAUUGACAGACCGCAGCAUCACUGCAUUAUGACAUACUGCCACCCGUUGUUUGAUGACGGUACUACAGUCUCCAAUAUAACCAAAUAAAUGCAAUAACCACUGUGGUGUAAUGACUGUAACCUGCGUGGCUUAGCAACAGCUUGGUGAGGAAAAUUAGGUGUGUGUGUGUGUGUGUGUGUGUGUGUGUGUGUGUGUGUGUGUGUGGGGGGGGGGGGGGGUUAGUGGUGGGCUGGCACCUGUCAGAGUGUGGGGAGUCAGAGGACUAAUGACUUCUCAAAUCAAAUUAAUUCAAAUUUAAUUUGUCACAUAAUUUGUAAACAACAGGUGUAGACUAACAGUGAAAUACUUAUUUACAGGCCCUUCCCAACAAUGCAGAGAGAAAGAAAAUAGAGAAAUAAUAGAAAAAUAAAACACGUAAUAAAAUCAAUAAUUAAUACACAAUGAGUAUCGAUAACUUGGCUAUAUACACAGGGUACCAGUACCGAGUCGAUGUGCAGGGCCUUCCUCUGACACCGCCUGGUAUAGAGGUCCUGGAUGGCAGGAAGCUUGGCCCCAGUGAUGUACUGGGCCAUACGCACUACCCUCUGUAGCGCCUUGCGGUCGGAUGCCAUGCAGUUGCCAUACCAAGCGGUGAUGCAGCCAGUCAAGAUGCUCUCAAUGGUGCAGCUGUAUAACUUUUUGAGGAUCUGAGGACCCAUGCCAAAUCUUUUCAGCCUCCUGAGGGGGAAGAGGCGUUGUCGUACCCUCUUCACGACUGUGUUGGUGUGUGUGGACCAUGAUUAAUCCUUAGUGAUGUGGACACCGAGGAACUUGAAGCUCUCGACCCGCUCCACUACAGCCCCGUCGAUGUGAAUCGGAGCGUGCUCGGCCCUCCGUUUCCCGUAGUCCACGAUCAGCUCCUUUUUGUCUUGUUGACAUUAAGGGAGAGGUUGUUGUCCUGGCACCACGCUGCCAGGUAUCUGACCACCUGCCUAUAGGCUGUCUCAUCAUUGUCGGUGAUCAGGCCUACCACCGUCGUGUCGUCGGCAAACUUAAUGAUGGUGUUGGAGUCGUGCGCAGGAUGAGUUUGUAUGUCUGUCCUACCCAAAGUACUGGAGUCUGUCUGGGGCAGUGGGGCUGAGUCUCUGUCUGUCUGGGCCUGUCUGUCUGUCUGGUGCUGUCUGUCUGUCCAUCUGUCCGUCCGUCCGUCCUACCCAGAGGACUGGAGUCUGUCUGUGUCUGUGUCUGUCUGGGUCCAGGCCUUCUGUCUCUAUGUAUGGGGAGGUUGGGGCAAUGGCAGAGCAUAAGGGUAAUGGCUUGGAUAGCAGUCUGUUUAGUCUGUUUCUGCUCGGGUCUGCUUCAUCUCUUUGGCAGACAGGGAAAAUGGUGGUAUACCCAAAUUAAACCUACAUAUCAUAACAUCCUUAUCAAACAGAAAGGAGAAAAGGACAGAGUAGAUGAAAUCUGCAGUUAAUGAUAUCUAAUGUCGUGCAAUGUCUGUCUCUUCUGCUGUAGGUCUGUGUGACAUCAACGAGGGUUCUGCCUCGGAGGACCGCUGCAAAUCCCCCACUUCAGGUAAACUGUCUUUCAGCAUGUUAGAGUUAGCAUUACACUGGUACAGAUGUAGGAUCUUAAUUGGAUCACCCUGUUGCAGGAAAUGUUAAACUUGUAGUUUAUUGGUGGUUUAAAAAGACUUCUGAAGUUUGUAAUUUCCACUUUGACAUUUUAGAUUUGAUUUUCCCUUACGAAAAAUGUAUCAACCUCUACAAAAAUGUCCAUUAAUUAUAAUCCACAUAAUAAUUCACAUUUCCUGUUGCUGCAGGAUUAUUUUCCUGCUAUAGCAAACUGACUCAAAAUAAGAUCCUACAUCUGUAUCCACAUCAGUUAGAACACCCACUGAACCCAGAAUAACUUGUUUAGUAACAGGUGGGUUGUUGUGGGUAAAGGGACUCAUAAAUAAGCAUGAUUCACUUGAAGACCGUAUAUUGACCUAACCUGAAUAUUAUGAAUCCAUGCUAGAAAACAGCACAUCUUGCAAUUUUAUUAGAAUGCAUGAGAACAAUUUGGUUGCUAUUGGUAAAUAUGGUUCUCUCUGAGAUGUCACACUCACACCUUUGGAUGUGGGAACCUUUUUCUUGAAAACCAGAAGUGCUACAGUUCUCUGUCUCUGAAAGUUUGAUUUCACACAGACUUUAUUGAAGGGUCAAGUUUACAACUGGAGGGUUUUGGGUUUAAAUAAAACAUGUUUUUACAGGUCUCAGUUGUGUACUGACACUUCACUCCCCUGCUUUCAAGGAAUAAAAUAUACUUUUAAUAAAACAGAAAGAAGAAUAAAGAAUACAUUAAAUUGAUUUUGGCAGUUUUAAUAUGUUUUAUCAAAACCUGAGACAUUAGCAGUAAACCGCGGAGAUGACACCAUGAUUCGGCAUUAACUAGACAGUUUAGGACCAUAAAACUCCUGAAUCAGUGAAUAAGUACUCUGUAGUCAGUCCAAGACAUAAAUGUAUUGAUUCCCACCAAAUAGGACAUUAGUUUAUAAGGAGGGUUAGUUCAUAUGGACCUUCCCAAAUCUUGGACUUAUUCACUGAUCUCAUUAAAAUUAGGAAAAGGCUUUUUUUAUGAUCCUACGAUUUGCCCACAUAUAAUUUUGUUUUCUGUCUAUUGAUUUUGUCGGAGUCUUCCAGACCUCGUUUUGACUUUUAUAGGACAGGAUGUAGUGGUUUCCUUUCCAGUGGGUUUUACUCAUAUCAUGCGGGGUCAUUUUCACAUCUAGGAAUUAAAUGAAACUGCAAACUUCCAUGUGAGUUCCAAGUGAGAUCUGAUCAUGUAGCUAGGAGAUGCAUAUUCAAUUAUAGAUUGUUAUCCAACCUAAAUAUGUUUGUAUUACUACAGUAUAUGGUCACAUAUAGGUAAACAACAAACAAUAACACUUUUCACACAACUUAAUCCAAACAUCUGCAAUUUUCAGAUUUGCACAAACAAAACGUUCUAGUCCCUUCCACAGUUACUGUCAAGACAAGGUGCUUCCUCGAUGGCCCUGUCCUGCACGACUAUUCUCGGUUCGCUAAAUUAGCAUUUGAGGUGACGAGGCAUGCUAAUUAGAGAACAACCCGGUUCCAUCUCAUUACUGAGAGCUUGACAUUAACACACAGACACUGGGGCUAAAACACAGAGCUGAGUUGCAUUUUAAAAGGUCACACAGAAAAUAUAAGUAGCCCAGAGACUGAAGUCACACUGCUAGCUAUGUUCCAGGUGUUCAGCCAACUAUGCCAAACCCCAGUGUCUGGUGUCACUAGCUAGACACUGCCUCAGUUCAUCUGCUAUUUACGAGGAUGGCGUAUCUGGUCUCCAGUCUAGACUUGAGCAUAUGUCUACUAAUUGAGAUUCUAAAAUCGUCGGGAGUCAACAAGGCUUUAAAGCUUUGUGCCGCUAGGAAAAUAAUUAAUCUGAGCAAAAAUGUACACUAUGUCAACAAAUAUUCUGCAUGCGCCCAGGUAGUUGAAAAUUAAGAUUGAGGCAAACUGCUACUAAUUGGUUCUCGUGUUGCAAUCAUAAAAAGUAGAAAAACAGUCCUUUCACAAAUGGACACAUUUCGGGGAACAGUGAUUGGUAGGCGGUAUGGUAAAGUACCAGGAUGUUUCUAACUGCACGUCUAUCUACUUCCUCCCAAAAGUGUUGGCGUCAAACCAUCAGCAAUUCUACAAUGGAGGUGGGGGUAGAGGAGGUAAGAGUGGCCAAAGACUUCAACCCUGGAGUAGUUUUGGCAGGGAUAGUAUACUGUAUAAGAUAAAAUGUCAGCCACUGUUUUAUUGUAGCAACCUGUCUCUGUUUUCACCUCAGUGGCACUGAAUCACUGUUUGGCCUAGAACAAACCUUCAAUAAAAUCUUAUACCCACACAGACACAAACUUAUAAUGGUAUACCCUAGACCUCCAUUGCAUGCUACAUGUUUGUAGCACGUAUGUCACAUUGUGAAAUGUGCCUGUGGCAAUUGUCCUUCAAAGAUUGUCCCACCUUCACUCCGGCUCCUGAUUGGCUGUCUGUAGUUCUGACAUCACAGCAGUCUAUUUGUAGUCACUCUGUACUUUCCUAACUCUGUCUUCUGUCUGUCUGACACCGUUGACUUUGCGGCUUGGUUUAUAUUCAGAACAUAUUCAGAACAUGUCAUUCUCUACCUCAUAGAUUUAGGGGAAAUGGGCAGUUUAAGAAAUGUGUUAUUUUCUUACAAGACAAAUUAUUUUAAGGAAUCUUUGAUUUAUGUGCAAGGCAUCUCUAACAUUAGUUAAUAAAUAAUAUAAAUGGACUGUAAGGCUAGUCAAAUAUUUCAAAACCAAAACCUCAUGAGGCUCCAAAAGUUAACAUAGUUCUGACUACCUAGCUAAAAGUGCCUUGUAGGCCCUACCAGAGAUACAUAUUCUCUGCUUGUACUGUACUGUCAUUCCACUGUCUUCUUCCAUCCUUCUCACUUCCUGUUUCCUUCCUUUGGUGCAUGCUCCUGUGGCAUGGGGGUUCUGAAUGAAUGUGUGUCUUCUUACUAUUCCUCUCUUCCAGGGCACUUUGUGUGCAACGUACGACAGCUUACUUCCUUGUUGUUAUUUUGUCUGUCCCAGCAUGCCUCUGUGAUUCAACAGGGUUGUCUUCCUCUGAUACCCUAAUACUUCUUGUUUAAUUCUAAAGCAUUUUGCCUCCCCUGAACCAGAAUGAAGCAAACUCCAACAGUUGUACCAAAGCUUAUGUGUGUAGUAAUGCUAUAAGCACAAGCACAUCCCAGUCCUAGCUCCUAACUCCUAGCUCCUAGCUAGCUUUGCAUGGCCUGUCGUGUUAGCUUAGGUGUGUGUUUGUAAAGAGGGGUGUUCUCUUUUUUCCAGCAAAGAUGUCACGGAAAUUAAGCUUGCCUACUGAGCUAAAGCCAGACUUGGGUAAGCCUUAACUUCGUGUUAACAUUUUGCGUUUCUUAAUAAUUUUUUUAUCCCAAAACUGGACUUCACUGUAGUCCUUAAGUCCAAAUGGUCUCCCGAUAUGAGCAUUUCAAGGGAGUAAUGUGAGUUCCAUAGUUACUAUCCAUUUAAUAGAAGCUUAUGUAAUUUUCUGUACAAUUUUAGUAUACGUAUAAUGCCCUAGCGGUGGCAAAGAGCCCUGUUGAUGGACUCAUGACUACCAAAAGCAUAGAUACAUCCUAUAGAUUUCCUAAAAAAUGCAGUCAGACUAACUGAUGGUAAUCAUUUGUCAGUGUCUGCUACUUCUUGAGACAAACCUGGAGACAAGAGGUGGAGGAGACAGACAUACAGUACAUUUGUGUUGGGUAUUUUACAAACUGCUACGCUAAACUAACCAGGACUCUGUUGCACAAUAGAGCUUUCUGUGUAUAUGUGUGUUCUGAAGCUUUCUAUUCCUAUUUUCUGUUUCUCUACCUGUUUCUUUUGUGAUUGGUCCUUUCCAAAAGUUCAAACGUUUUUCUUGUAGCAAUCCGACAGAUAUAACUACAGAAAGAAACAUUGUUCUUAAUUUUUUUUGAUCUGCACAGUUUACCCAAAACGAAAAUCACAAUUUCCUUCCUAGGACCCCAAAGGGCAGAACCCCAAAGAUGGGAAAGAGAGGGGUUUGGGGUCAGAUCCUUAUUGAAUAUGCCAAAUCUGUCAAAUGCAAAGAUAUGAUAGUCUGGUAAAAGAUUAUUGGAGGUGUCGACAUAUAACACACUAACUUGUUCUGUUAUAAACAGUGUUGUGACAUACGCUGAGUGUACAAAACAGUAGGAACACCUGCACUUUCCAUGUCAUAGACUAACCAGGUGAAUCCAGGUGAAAGCUAUGAUCCCUUAUUGAUGUCACCUGUCAAAUUUACUUCAAUCGGUGUAGAUGAAGGGGAGGUUAAAGAAGGAUUUUUAAGCCUUGAGACAAUUGAGACACGGAUUGUGUAUGUGUGCCAUUCAGAGGGCGAAUGGGCAAGACAAAAUAUUUAGUGCCUUUGAACAGGGUAUGGUAGUAGGUGCCAGGUGCACCGGUUUGAGUGUGUCAAGAACUGCAACGCUGCUGGGUUUUUCACGCUCAACAGUUUCCCGUGUGUAUCAAGAAUGGUCAACCACCAAAAGGACAUCCAGCCAACUUGACAUAACUGUGGGAAGCAUUAAAGUCAACAUGGGCCAGCAUCCCUGAGGAAGCUUUCGUCACCUUGUAGUGUCCAUGCCCCAACGAAUUGAGGCAGUUCUGAGGGCAAAAGGGGGGCAACUCAAUAUUAGGAAGGUGUUCCUAAUGUUUUGUACACUCAGUGUAUAACAACUGUGUUGUUUGUGAUAUAUACACAGUUUAUAAACAUUUGUUUAUUCAUCAUCCCAGCAACUCACAGGCAACUUAUAAAACUGAAUUAGCUUAUUAUAUUGACAUCUGGUUUGAGAUUAUGAUGUUUUUUUACUGAUGAAUAAAAUAAGUACAAGGUUGUAAAGUUUUAGUGAAAUCUUCCCAUGGGUCUUUUUCCUACAUGCCAACUCUUCUGCUGCCAACGUCCAACUAUUCAUUUUAUGAGUUCCAUCUGCUCCACAGAUAAAAACAAACAGGUCCUAUUCUAUUUCUAUUUGUCAUUACCCAUGCACCUGGACCUCUAACUCUUAGUUUGCCAUGUAAGGAGAAACGUUUUCCCCACCGUUCCCUCUACUUUCAAAAGAUACAGUACAUCUGGUUAUCAACAGAUCAAGUUAUUUUACAGCUGGAAUAAUCUAUUUUACUCAACAUUUCACAAGGUGUUUUAGACCUGUUUAAAAUGAACGUCUGCUCACUGUUUUCUGCUCCUGUGUAAUUGCUAUUUUAGCUUAGUGAUACAAUAAAAUUUCAACCGCAAUGCUGUUUGUCAGAAUCCAACUGCUCCCACCAAUCAUACAGCUGUUGUUCACAGUAUUCAUGUAGUGUGUUUGUGUAUAGUGUGUUCUCUCUGUGUGUGUGGGCUCUUUACCUCUCUGUCCUCUCCUCUACUGUCCUCCUGUCUGUAUGUCCUCCACGGGGCGCCAACCCAUUAGACCACCGGGAUAACUCCUUCAGCCGUUCACGCUCCUCCUCCGUCACGUCCAUCGACAAGGAGGCGCGCGAGGCCAUCACCUCCUUCCACUUCUGUGAGACAUUCGCCCGGAAGGGGGAAAGCGCCAUCACACCCUGCCUGUACGUGGGCACCUCCCUGGGAACAGUGCUGGCUGUGGCCCUCAACCUGCCCCCUGCUGGGGAACAGAGGCUGCUGCACCCCGUUAUCGUCUUGCCUAGCGGUGGGUGUCUGGGUUAUGGGUGAAUGGAUGGGUGUGUGUGAUUGUGUGAGUAUGUUAAUGAAUAUGUAAGGCAUGCUAACAACUCUUUGCUAUAUGUUUGCAUGUUUCCGUACGUACAUUACAUCCCGCUCUACACAUAAUCGACAUUUGUACAUACCGAAACAUUGAUUAUACAUACAGUGCAUUUGGAAAGUAUUCAGACCCCUUGACUUUUUCCACAUUUUGUUACGUGAAAGCCUUAUUCUAAAACUGAUUAAAUCGUUUUUUUCCUCAUCAAUAUACACACAGUACCCCAUUUAUUUUUUUUAACUACUGAAAUAACACGUUUACAUAAGUAUUCAGACCCUUUACUCAGUACUUUGUUAAAGCACCUUUGGCAGUGAUUACAGCCUUGAGUCUUCUUUGGUAUGACGCUACAAGCUUGGCACACCUGUAUUUGGGGAGUUUCUCCCAUUCUUCUCUGCAGAUCCUCUCAAGCUCUGUCAGGUUGGAUGGGGAGCGUCGCUGCACAGCUAUUUUCAGGUCUCUCCAGUGAUGUUCGAUCGGGUUCAAGUCCGGGCUCUGGCUGGGCCACUCAAGGACAUUCAGAGACUUGUCCAGAGCCACUCCUGCAUUGUCUUGGCUGUGUGCUUAUGGUCGUUGUCUUGUUAGACGGUGAACCUUCGCCCCAGUCUGGGGUCCUGAGCGCUCUGGAGCAGGUUUUCAUCAAGGAUCUCUCUGUACUUUGCUCUGUUUAUCUUUCCCUCGAUCCUGACUAGUCUCCCAGUCCCUGCCGCUGAAAAACAUCCCCACAGCAUGAUGCUGCCACCACCAUGCUUUACCGUAGGGAUGGUACAAGGUUUCCUCCAGACUUGAUGCUUUGCAUUCAGGCCAAAGAGUUCAAUCUUGGUUUUAUCAGACCAGAGAAUCUUGUUUCUCAUGGUCUGAGAGUCCUUUAGGUGCCUUUUGGCAAACUCUUCCAUAUGGACACUCUACUAUAAAGGCUUGAUUGGUGGAGUGCUGCAGAGAUGGUUGUCCUUCUGGAAGGUUCUCCUAUCUCCACAGAGGAACUCUAAAGCUCUGUCAGAGUGACCAUCGGGUUCUUGGUCACCUCCUUGACCAAGGCCCUUCUCCCCCGAUUGCUCAGUUUGGCCGGGCGGCCAGCUCUAGGAAGAGUCUUGGUGGUUCCAAACGUCUUCCAUUUAAGAAUGAUGGAGGCCACUGUGUUCUUGGGGACCUUCAAUGCUGCAGACAUUUUUUGGUACCCUUCCCAAGACCUGUGCCUCGACACAAUCCUGUCUCAGAGCUCUACGGCAAAUUCCUUCCACCUCAUGGCUUGGUUUUUUCUCUGACAUGCACUGUCAACUGGUCGACCUUAUAUAGACAGGUGUGGGCCUUUGCAAAUCAUGUCCAAUCAAUUACAUUUACCACAGGUGGACUCCAAUCAAGUUGUAGAAACAUCUCAAGGAUGAUCAAUGGAAACAGGAUGCACCUGAGCUCAAUUUCGAGUCUCAUAGCAAAGGUUCUGAAUACUAAUGUAAAUGUUUUUUUAUUUUUGCAAACAUUUCUAAAAACCUCUUUUUGCUUUGUCAUUAUGGGGUAUUGUGUGUAGAUUGAUGAGGAAAUGUUUUUAUUUAAUCCAUUUUAGAAUAAGGCUGUUGGGGUUUGAAUACUUUCCGAAUGCACUGUAGAUAUAUUUUCAACGCACUCCAUCCCUCUUAUCUGUCCAGGUACCCUGGCGCGUCUGAAGGGCAGUAUCCUGAGGAUGGCCUUCCUGGACAACACAGGAACCUUCCUCCCCCCUGCCUCUGAGACCUGGUACGAGCCCAACGCCGCAGGCGCCGACAGUGAGGAGCGAGACAAGGCCCGUAAACGCCGCCCGGUCUCUGUGUCGCCCUCCACCUCCCAGGAGCUGCAGGAGAGCCAGUAUGCGGUGGUGUGCUCUGAGAAACAGGCUAAGGUCAUAGCACUGCCCUCACAGAACUGCAUCUUCAAACACAGCAUCACAGAGACAUCGUUCGUCCUGAGGGCUGACGUGGUCCAGAUGAACAUAGGGAACUGUGUGGCUUGCUUCUGUGCUAACGGACACAUCAUGACCCUCAGGUUAGUCAGUGAGCCAUACAAACAAUCACACACACACACACACACAAACACAACACACACACUGGUAAAAUAGAUAUAUAUGCUAAAGCUAACUGAUAAACCCUAUAUUACAAUAAAGAGCUUAAUGAAUGCUAGGGUUAGACUCAAAGUUUCUACAUGAAGACUCGCUCAGUAGAAUGAUGUUGUGUUUGAGUAAUAUUGUGUUGUAUGUGGUCUCUCUCUCUGUCUGUCUGCAGUCUGCCGGGGCUGAGACCGUUGCUAGAUGUAAACUACCUGCCGCUGACAGACAUGCGGAUAGCCCGGACCUUCUGCUUCACCAACCUGGGCCAGGCCAUGUACCUCACCUCCCCCACUGAGAUACAGAGGAUCACAUACAGCCAGGAGACCUGCGAGAACCUGCAGGUCAGGACCACAUAAAUACACACACACACACACACGUAAUACAACUGCAUUAAUGUGUGUAUGUGUGUUUCAGGAGAUGCUUGGAGAACUGUUCACACCAGUGGAAACCCCGGAGGCUCCCAACCGAGGAUUUUUCAAAGGCCUUUUUGGGGGAGGAGCAACUUCCCUGGACAGAGAGGAACUAUGUGAGUGACACACGUGGAAUGUAACACACACAUACUAUAGUGUACACAGCACAGAGAAACUCUAUUAUUUAUAUAUUCAGUGUUAAGUUUGCUACAUUAGAAGGCUCUCCCUUUCUCCUUCCCCCUCAAUCUCAUUCUCGCCCACUCUUUCUUCCUCUCUUUGUCUUACUGACUCUCCCUCUCCCCCUCUCCUCUAGUUGGUGAGACACAGGCGGGUAAGGCGUCCCGUGGCCUUGCCCAGCACAUCCCAGGUCCUCAGGGCCUGGAGGGCAUGAAAGGGGCCGCUUCGGGCGUGGUGGCGGACCUGGCGCGUGCACGGAUAGCGCUGGACGAGAGAGGGCAGAAACUGGGCGAGCUGGACGAGAGGACGGCCGCCAUGUUGGCCAGCGCCGACUCCUUUGGAAAACACGCCCACGACGUAAGAGAAAGAGAUGUUACAUUAUGAUACAAAACAUUAAAACUGAUCCUGAGAUCAGUGUCUAGGGGCAACUUCAUCCUGUAGGAAGUUGUUAUAUUAUGAGGCUACACUGGAAAAAAGAACAAACCCACACUCACUGAAAUAUUCUUAAGUUUUAAUGUUUGUUUUUUUAGCAGCAGAGGUCAGAGCAAAUGGACGCGGUCAGAGCAAACAGCUUUCGUCAGCAUUCAAACGCUGGCGAAGGCUGCCGUCGACACGCUGACAAACGCUGACAAUAAAAAGUAAAGAAUAUUUCAGCGAGUGCAGGAUUUUCCUUUCUUCCAGUGUAUGGCUUUUGAACCCUGCACCCAAAUACUUUUUGUUACCACAAACUUUUGAGCUGAGCAUGCCAAUUCCUCAUUGUAUUAAUUAACAAAACAAACCUUAAAUCAGUGUCUAGGAGCAACUUUAUCCUGUCCUGCUAGAAGAGGCUGCUUGUAGGCCUACUACUACUGUUUAAUAACGCACAAUUGUUAGUGUCAGGAAUAGCCCGUUAGAGGGAGACAAUGGUGAGUUUUCUGUAACACUAGUGUUCCAUUUUCCCCUCUCUUCACAGAUGAUGCUGAAGUGUAAAGACAAGAAGUGGUACCAGUUCUGA